AUGAAGGAACAUAGCGAGAUGGCUACCAAUGCAUCCGUCAAAGACGAUGGGCCAGCCAAAGCUAGAGGCCCUCCAGGUCCUCCAGGCCCGCCCGAAAAUCAGUCCACACUUAGGGUUGUAUGUUUGAUCGUCUCGGCUUUUGUUGCCAUGUUCCUCGUCGCGCUUGACAGAACAAUUAUCUCGACGGCCAUACCUAAAAUCACCGACGAAUUCAACUCCUUCGAUGACGUUGGCUGGUAUGGAAGCGCCUACUUGUUAACAUGCUGCGCGUUCCAACUCCUAUUUGGCAAGCUUUAUAAGCUCUUUUCUAUCAGAAUCGUCUUCCUUGCCAGUAUUCUAGUGUUUGAGGUUGCCUCUGCUAUCUGUGGAGCGGCUCCGAAUUCAGUCGCCUUUAUAAUCGGAAGAGCAAUCUGUGGAGUCGGCGCUGCUGGUAUUCUCGCUGGAACUAUAAUGUGCAUCAUUCAUUCCGUGCCUCUCCAAAAGCGUCCACAAAUUCAGGGAUUGUUCGGCGCCCUUUUCGGCAUUGCCUCUAUCGUGGGUCCUUUGAUUGGCGGUGCCUUUGCAUCUAAUGUGACAUGGAGAUGGUGCUUUUAUAUAAAUUUGCCUAUUGGUGGCGCGGCAAUGGUCUUUAUUGCUUUCUGCCUCAAGAUCCCUAAGCAAGAUAUAGCGAGAGUCUUAUGGACGGAGAAGCUGCUACAACUAGAUUUCUUCGGCACUACACUUCUGGUAUCUGGUGUGGUCUGUCUGGUAUUGGCACUUCAGUGGGGAGGCCAGACCUACGCUUGGAGCAAUGGCCGCGUCGUGGCUUGUCUGGUUCUCAUGAGCGUCUUACUUCUUUCUUUUGUUACUGUUCAGGUCCUCCUUCCAAAGACAGCGACGCUCCCACUACGCAUCUUUUCGCAGCGCAGCAUCAUUUCAGCCUUCUGGCAGACACUCUGCGUCGGCUCUAGCAACUAUAUAUUUGUGUACUUCCUCCCGAUCUGGUUCCAAACCAUCAAAGGCAGUUCGGCCGUGGAAUCCGGCAUCCGCCUGCUACCGAUGAUGAUAUCAAUGGUGGUCGGCUCAAUCAGUGGUGGAAUCACAAACUCCAAAAUCGGAUACUACACCCCACUAGCUAUCAUCGGAUCCUGCAUCAUGUCCGUCGGAGCGGGCCUGCUCACCACCUUUCACGUGGACACCAGCGAGGGAAAGUGGAUCGGCUAUCAGAUAGUUUACGGAAUCGGUCUGGGCUUGUGUUUUCAAGUUCCCAAUCUCGCCGCUCAGACCGUUCUUCCGAAGCCUGACGUGCCAUCUGGGUUAGCGCUAAUGCUUUUCGGUCAGAUGAUCGGGGCCGCCGUCUUUGUCUCAGUUGGGGAGAAUAUGCUGGCCAAUCAGCUCGUGAAGAGACUUUCCGGGCUGCCGGGCUUCAACUCCCAUCUUGUCACCUCCGGGGGUGUCACGGAGCUGCUGAAUACAAUGCCGGCUGAUCUGCACGACACGGUUCUCCAUUCUUACAAUGAUUCUCUGCGGAAGGUGUUUCAGGUCGGUAUGAUUAUUUCUUGUCUGACAGUACUAGGUGCGGCUACUCUAGAGUGGAAGAGUAUCAAGAAGGGACAGCCAAAGCCCGAUGCCGAGAAUAAGGAGCCGGCUGGAGAGGGAAAGAGUGCAGAAGCGGAGGGCAAAUAG